GUCAACGACCAGACUCUCAAUUAUCACGGAAUUCUACACAUUUGGCAACCUGUGGUAGUUGAAUCACCGAUCAUGGCCAGAACCCAAGACCAUGUUUCCACAGACAGAGGGGGCGUUAUCGAAAACCGACACCUCGUCCACGCAGCAGUAGUAGACGCCCAAGGCAAACUGCUAUACAGCGUCGGCGACCCUUCGCGAGUAACGCUAGUUCGCUCAGCAGCCAAACCAGCGCAAGCUCUAGCCGUCCUCGAGACGGGAGCCCCCAAGCAAUUCGGCUUCGACGACGCCGACCUGGCACUGAUGUGCGCAUCCCACAACGGUGAAGACAGACACAUAACCCGGGCGCUCGACAUGCUGGCGAAAGUCGACGCCCGGGAACAGGAUCUCCGCUGCGGGGGCCACGCGGCUUUGAAUGCGACGGUCAACAAAGCAUGGAUCAAGAACGACUACACCCCUACCGAGAUAUGCAACAACUGCUCUGGUAAGCAUGUUGGUAUGCUGGGCGGGUCGAAAUCCAUCGGCGCUGCAAUAGCAGACUACCACCUGCCAACUCACCCCAUUCAACGCCGAGUGAAGCGCGUCGUCGAGGAACUAUGCGGCCUGGAGACCGACAGCUGUCAAUGGGGCAUCGACGGUUGCAAUCUCCCGGCCCCGGCAUUUCCUCUGCACUACUUGGGCAAGAUGUAUGCCGCCCUUGCCGCGGCGGCAGAUCCCGUGGCUGUUGACUGCUCCGUUUCCGCGCGAGAACGCGGUCUAUCCCGAAUAUUCCACGCCAUGACGCAGUACCCAGAGCUCGUUGGCGGCGAAGGUCGAUUCUGCACGGCCCUCAUGCAGGCAUUUGAGGGUUCUAUCGUCGGAAAAGUAGGGGCAGACGGGUGCUACGGGAUAGGUAUCCGGGCGUCAGAGGCGACGAAUCGAGUUGGUGCUCCCGGUGCCAUCGGCAUCGCGGUCAAAAUCGAAGAUGGUAACCUUGAGAUUCUUUAUGCGGCUGUAAUGGAGAUCCUUGAGCAGCUGCAGAUAGGGACGCGAGAUGUCCUAGGCAGACUGGAUGACUUUCAUCGCCCGGUUAUUACCAACUCUGCUGGUGUUGUUACAGGACAUACUUUUCAUGAGUUUGUAGUAAAACCGGCGAUGAUCUUUUAGCAUGUUGUCUCGGCUGAAGAUACAAGGAACUAGAAGCUCAAGUCCAUACUCCCCAC